AUGUCCGCCCCUAGCGCGAGCUCGAUGAAGCGGAAAGUCGUCAUUAUGGGCGCACCAAGUGUCGGCAAGACCUCCUUGACGCAACAGUACAUCGCCCCGCCGACAUACCAAGAAUCAUACUUCCCCACUAUCGAGUCGACGAGUCACAAGGCGGUCAAGUUUAACGGCGAGGAGUAUGAUUGCGAGAUCAUCGACUCGGCAGGACAGGACGAGUACACUCUCUUCCCAUCGAAAUAUGCGGUUGGCGUACACGGCUACUUGCUUGUCUACUCGAUAACGUCGCGCCAGUCGUUCGACAUGGUGCAGACUGUCCAUGACAAGAUUCUGGAUUUUGCGGGGCUGGCGAAAGUCCCAUGUGUCGUUGUGGGCCAGAAGACAGAUCUUGGCGAGAAGAGUCGUAUGGUGACGACCGCGGAGGGAGAAGCUCUGGCGAAGAAGCUGAACGCGGCGUUUGUCGAAUCGUCAGCCAAGGAUAAUAAGAAUGUCGGCAAGGCAUUUGAGGUGCUUCUCGGGGAGAUGCAGAAGGAGUACAACCCUGCUCCCGAGAAGAAGAAGGCUGGAUGGUUCUCCUGGGGCAGGUAG